ACAAUUUCUUCCUCUAUUCUAGACAUGUGUAAACUCCAAUCCGCUAGCCACGGUUAGCGCUUAACGGGGUCGGUUAGCUGCGCUGCUACUGCUAAGUGCUACAAACAAAUAACAAGCUAACGAAACAGUUUAACGGCACCGUGUCUUGUCCAUGAAUUAGCGAGAAAACACAGACGGGGACACACUUGACUAUUAGUACUCAUGUGGGGGUGCUAGUAUCUUUCUAACUGUUGUUGUGGAUUGAUGGAUGGUAUCGGUUGCCAAGCCAGUGGUGACUAAACUGCUACAGCUAGCGCUAGCUAGCGUUUGUACUCAUUGUUAGCGGGCGGUUGAGGGGUGCAGACAGUUGCUGUUGCCUGCCGCGGGAUGGCAUAUAAUGUUGGCUAUAUCGUUUUGUACACUGAGCAUACAUGCAUACUGGCUGACCCAGUUUUUGUCUUAUUAGGACUUGGGAGACGAAAACGACAAAGCCCGCUAACUCGCCUUGCCAUUCUGCCGCUAGUUAGCUUAACUAGCUGUUAAAUUUGGAGAGAAAACCUAAGUUCGCGUUUGCUCAGGAACAAGUAAAUUUGACACGUGGUCUCCUUGAGUCUGCAUCCCGUCAGAGCUUGGGCCAAUUUAAAAAUUAAAGGUUCACUGACUAGACUAGGCUGGGUCGCCAAUGUUGUCAGCAUAGCUUAUUUGUAUGUGAAUCCAAAGCGUAACCUGUAUCUGGUUAUCCAGACAGGUUAACCUCGGCUAGCGGAGCUGUGAGCAGCAGUAGCAUCACAUGCAAUGUCAAUAUUUUCGACGUUUGGGAUUUUAAAAAUAGCGCAAUGCGUAUUUUGCUAAUGGACUUCAACUUUUAAUGAGUCAGCUCCUCGACUAUGUGCAAACUGCAAAAACCGCAUGAGAGGGGAAAGAGCGACGGAUCUCAAGGACCAGAUUGCCUGCUGAACUUUUUGCCUCAACGACAGAUCGCCAGGGACCAUGCUGGCCAUCCUAGCUGCUGGCUCUAUUUUCUUUCCAGGCCUUUUCCUGCUGUCCAAACAAUGCCUGAAGACCAUUCCAGGACUGAGAUGGAGCGAAGGGGACGCAGUGAUUGUAUCAGCUAGGUUGGUGUCCUCAAUUCAGGCAGUCAUGGCUUCCUCAGCAGGCUACAUCAUUGCCUCUUCCUGUGAAGACAUCAUUGAGGACCAGCACUGGCUCACGAGCAGUUACAUCAUGUUCGCCGUUCCCUACUUUGUGUACGACAUCUACGCCAUGUUCAUGUGCUACUGGUACAAGCUCCGGGUCAAAGGGCACGAGGAGGCCUCGGCGGCACCCCAGCACAUGAGCUCGGCGCUGACCAGCUACUUGCGUCGCGAGUUCCUCAUGGUGCUGCACCAUGUUGUCAUGGUCACCGUCUGCUUCCCCGUCUCUGUGUUUUGGCGACAAGGAAAGGGCGAUUAUUUCCAGGGCAUAAUGUUCAUGGCUGAGCUCAGCACUCCGUCUGUCUGCUUAGGAAAAAUACUCAUCCAGUACAAACAGCAGCACACUCUCCUGCACAAAGUGAAUGGGGCUCUUAUGCUGAUCACUUUUUUCAUCUGUCGAGUCCUACUCUUCCCUUACCUCUACUACGUCUACGGAAGGUAUGCAUCCAUUCCCUUCCACAUGGUUCCGCUGACGGUGCCCUGGCACUGUAACCUCGGUGCUGCUCUGCUCAUGGCGCCCCAGCUCUACUGGUUCUCCCUCAUUUGCAGGGGCGCCCUGCGACUGUUCACGGGCACCUCCCGUUCGCAGAGGCCGCACCCGACCGCCGCCGCCGCUAAGGAGCUCCAGAGGGAUGGCAACGCUCUGCCCCAGCCCGCCAACGGCUACAGCACGCUCCCCACAGAGCCCGAGCUGGCCACGCACUGAGAGGAGCGCUGUGGAGGGGAGGCCGGGGGCGGGGGAGGGAAAGAAGGCGAAUGUACCAAUGAGUAUGUAAAGGAAGGAACGCUGCAAGGGGGAAAGCGAGACUUGAAACAAGCUGAGACGGUGGCCUCAGAUUGUGCUGAAGUGCUUGUAGCCAGCAAAACAGUUAAACGCUUCAGCGGCUAGCCUUCAAGUACUUCAGCCUCUUAGUUUGUAGGAAACAAAAAGGAAGUGUUGGCACGCUCAGUAUUUAAAAUGUCUUCGGGCACUGUGACAGACAGACAGGAACAUGCACUGACUAGAGAGGAAGUUGCCUGGAUGUACAGCAAGCAUAGGUGGCCGUUUCCCCUCACGUAGAUCAAAUUCAGUCCUCUCUGCCUCAUGGAAGAGCAGGAAAAUAGGAAUGUAUUAUAUUGUAUGUUAGUAUGUUUGCUGUAGAUGGAAGGCCUAAUUCAGUUUAGUAAUGAAGAAGACCUUCAAAAAAGAAAAAAAAAAUCCCAGCUAAACAGUAUUUUGACUUGUUAGUGUUUAUUAUCUGUAUCCUCUAUGUAGUCACUGUCACUCUAACAAAAAUGUAACCGACCUGCAGACUGACUCAUCUUUAGAACGGAGAUAAUCUCAUACGACUGUAUUCUGCUGCCUUAUCCCUCCCUCCUGCUCCUCCCCCCCGAUUCUUUGCUGUUUCUUUAUGUUUUUGUUUUUUUUAAAUAUUAUUAUUUUUUACUCUCGAGAAAGAAGGAAGAGGCUUUCCCUCGGACAGAAAAAUGUGAUGGUUGUACAUAGCAGAUGUUUUAAAAAAGAAGAAAAAAAAAAGUCAUUCCAUGUCAGUAUUAGGUCAGUGUUUAUUUAUUUUCUUAGGCUUUAUCCCAGUUCUGCAUCCGACAUUUUUGACAGUUCAACGUUAAGACGGAAACAUUUCACAGUCUUACAGCUUAGUGAACGCAAACUACCCUCAGAUAUUUCCACAGUGGUCCUUGUUUCAGUGUAGAUAAAGAUUGUGUAGAUUCCUUUUCAUCACUAUUUUUUUUUUUUUGCAUACAAGAUGGUUACUUUUAAUUGUUUGGUGUUGUACAACAGCACCAGUUACUUUGCAGGAAUAUUUCACAAAGGGAUCUGUGAUGUUUGAGUGUUUCUAGCUCUGUUGGGGGUGUCGUAAUGUCAAAGUUUGAAGGGGAACAACAAAGACAAGGAAGCACAUUUGUUACUUUUUUUUUUUCACUGUUAAGUCUGUGAGUUAAGCCUUUCAGCCCUGUAUGAAAUGUUCCAAUCAUUUGAGCCACUGGUUCUAUGAACCUUCUUUGAACAAACAAGCUUGUUUUGUAUGAUUUUAUGUUUGUUUUAAGUAGCUACACUUUUCUGGAAAUGGGUCAAGGAAACAAAACGGGAAAAAAACAAAACAAAACUCAGACAGCUUAAAAACCAUCAAAGACAGGGAAGUGUGUGCCAAAGCAUCUGGAGAGCCAUGGGCAUGUUGAACAAAGAAUAUCCAUUCCCCUGUUCCAUGACUUCAUAAGGUACUGCUUCUUGACAAUACUCAAAACAUUUCAACUGAUGUACUGUAUAUUCCACGAAAUGCUUGUUAUUUAUUUGUAAGUAUUUAUUAUUUAUUUAUUUAUUUGGUUUGUGGUUUUGAAUGCAUAUUUAUGCAUACAUAUUAUACUCUAUGCUUCUGAGCCUUAUGUGAAGGCUGUAUUGUUACUCAAUCUUAGCUAAAAUAUACUUCUCUGUCCUGAA